AUGAGCGACGUCAACGACGGCGAGCGCGACCAGCUCACCGUCCCCGCGGGCGUCGCGGGUCUCGACGGCGUGAUGUACCUCCACGGUCUCUUCCCGGAGGCGUUCUUGGCCGAGAUCGACGCCGCGCGAGAGGACACGCCCGUGACGCUCGCGUCCUCGAACAUGUACUGCGACCGACGGUUCCUUCGCGACGCCGCGCUCGCGUCGAGGGUGUUGGAACACCUCCCGCGCGAGUUAGGGUUCAAGCACGUGCUGUCCGACUUGAGGUUCUUGGAGUACCCGCCCGGCGGGCACAUCUUGACGCACGUCGACGGCGUCAGAAGGGACGACGAGACGAACGUCGACAGCACGAACUCGUUCCUCCUCUUCAUGGCGUCCGUCCCGCCGGGCGAGGGCGGGGAGACGGAGUUCCUCGCCGAGGCGAACGACGACGCGGAGGUGUUGUUCGGGGGGAGGCCGGUCCGCGGGAGCGUACUCGUGUUCCCUCACGGCGUCCCGCAUCGAGGGCAGUUCGUCUCGAGCCACGCGAAGGUGUUGCUCCGGGGUGAUUUAUAUUAGCGGUGGGAAAGCGACCCGGGUGGUGCGCGAGUGGCGCAGUGGGCAUUUAGUCAUAGAGUAGUCAGCGUGCCGUAGUACGCGGAAUCGUGCCGUGUACGAAGGCAGGAGAAGUCGUCCUACGAGAUCGCGCGCGCGUCGUCGGCGCACACCGCAGCGCACGUCGAACCAUGAGCUCGGUCGCGCAACACGCGCGGCGCAGCCUCCGCGCGGUCGCCACGCAGUGGGCGACGCGCACGUCCACUCGCGCGAUGAUCAUCCCCGGCUCGCAUCAGGAGUCGCUGAAGAAGAAGGCGCAGCGGGACGA